AUGGCCACUGCAAACCAAACAUUUAUCUUUUUUGUAUUUUUCACAAUAACUUCAUCUCUUUGCCUUGCUAUUGAUCCAAGUCCUCUCCAAGACUUUUGUGUUGCUGAUCUUACUUCUCAAGUGUUGGUGAAUGGGUUUACAUGCAAAAACCCUAAAACAGUCAAAGCUAAGGAUUUCUUUCUCUCCGGCUUCAACAAGCCUGGUAACACAAUGAAUCCUCUUGGUAUUAAUUUAACUCCAGCAACAGUAGCUCAACUCCCAGGAUUGAACACUCUUGGUCUCUCCUUGGUUCGCAUUGACUAUGCUCCUGGAGGAGUUAACCCUCCUCAUACUCAUCCUCGUGCUUCCGAAAUCAUUGUUGUUCUUGAAGGCACUCUUUACGCUGGUUUUGUCACCUCUAGUCCCAAUGAUAUACUUUACUCGAAGGUUUUAUCUGCCGGUGAUGUUUUCGUAUUCCCUCAAGGUCUUACACACUUCAGUAUGAAUUAUGGGUACUCAAAUGCAGUUGCAUUGGUAGCACUCAACAGCCAAAAACCUGGAAGAAUCAUAGCUGCUAACAAUGUGUUUGGAUCAAAGCCUCUGAUUUCUGAUGAUCUUCUUGCCAAGGCAUUCCAGUUGAGCAAGGAAACUGUUGACAAACUCCAAGGUAAGCAUUGGCCUGCCAAUAAUGUACUGUUUGGAUCAAAGCCUCUGAUUUCUGAUGUUCUUCUAACAAAGGCAUAUAUUCCAGGUGAGCAUGAACACUGUUGA